AUGGCCGACUAUGAUUGGCACCCGAUCCCUCACCCUCACAUGAACUCUCACCCCAGCGUCGCUGCUGCUGAGUCCGCCUACGACCCGAUGCCCUACCGGAGACCCAGAGACUUUAUACAAGGGCCCGACAGCACGAGCUCGCCCUCACCCUUGGGACCACCACCCAGAAGAAUCGUAAAGCUCAGCAGUGCGCCUCCCACCCCAGGAGCCACGAUGCCCAGAACCCCAAAGGCCGGUGCUCCGUAUAGAAGGGGAAGGGUCCCGGUGGACAAUGGCUAUAAUACGUACGACGACGAGGAGGAAGACGACAGUGAGGAAGAGUCAGACGACAGUGAGGAGGAGGAGGAGGAGGAAUCUCCCCUAGCUAGGCGGCGACAGCAGCAGUCUUCCAUUCGACACCGUAGCCGCAGCACCGCCCAUCACUCGAGGACGCGGCCGCCGGUCUAUGAGUCGAGACGGUCGUCGAGGUAUUCGCGGUCUGAAUCGGAGUCGGAUUCGGAUGAGGACUCGGAAACGAGUGACUCAUCCGAAGAAGAGAAGCGGGAGACACAGCGAGAAAGAGAAAGGAGGGCGCGGGAGCGGGAGAGGUACCAAAAGGCAGCACGGCAUGCUCAGACCGUCGUCGAGCGGCGGACGCCCCCGUCAGCCGACAACACACCCAAGCGCCGUAGAAAGAUCAAAAAGAUCAUCUACAUGGAGGAGGACGGCUCCACGGAGCCUACUCCGCGGCAGUCUAUGGGCGACCUCAGCCGCUCGUCCUCGCGGCACCGCUCUCACCCGUCCUCGUCGCGUCCGGCAUCCGAGAGACACUACCCCAGACAGCAUUCCUAUAGUCCCGUCAGGAGAUUGAGCCGCCAUCAUUCGUCGGCCAAGACGUACGAAAUCUCUCAGCCUCCCAGCGCCACCAAAAGGUUGGCGUACGAGAUUCUUCCAGAUAGGGGUCGUCUCGACGUGACUCCCAGUAGGCAUUCCAGGAGACACCAGUCUCAGGUUGUGUACCCAGAGACGCGGUCGAUCCGCCGCUCCAACACCGUAUCGGGGGCAUCGCAUGUCACGUCGCACACGCGAAGCACGACUUCGUCGAAUAGGCCGGCGUCUACUUUUGUUGGAAACGCGCUCACGGGGAGCACCGUCUCCCGCUCGUCAGAGAAGCCAGCAGCCAGAGUCGAGUGUCUCGUAUGUAUGGAGGAGUUCCAGCCGAGUAGAAUCGCAAAACUCAAGUGCGGCCAUCGAUUGUGUGACGCGUGCCUCAAGAGACACUUUAAACUAUCCAUCACAGACCCGCAGCAGAUGCCUCCAAAGUGCUGUGCCGCAAACAUACCCUUGAAACACGUGGACCACUUGUUCACGCCCGAGUUCAAGAAGAAGUGGAAUAGAAAGUUCUCAGAGUUCACGGCGGCCAACCGCAUCUACUGCCCAUCGAGAAAGUGCGGCGCAUGGAUAAAACCCCAACACUUUCGCAAUGAAGGGGGAGGUCGCCAAUCCGCCAAGUGCGGCCAGUGCAAGACCAAAGUGUGCUGCUCUUGCAACGGCAAAUGGCACUCGUCGAGGGAGUGUCCCAACGAUGAAGAGACGACGAGGUUUCUGGACCACGCCAAAGACGAGGGAUGGAAGAUGUGCUACAAGUGCAGUCACAUGGUUGAGCUCAAGGAGGGCUGCAACCACAUGACGUGGUAA